GAUCGUAGGAGAGGUGUGGUAUACAAUAGGUCCAAGCCAGCUGGUAGCGUAUUAUUGCCGUGCUAGGUGUCAAGAUAGUGGUAUUUGUUCGACAUCUCUCUAUUUUGUUUACGUGAGAUACAAACGACAAGAUGUGUGGUAUAUGGGCUAUAUUUGGUGCAGACGAAGAUGUGUCAAAACAGUGCGCGAGUGCACUCAAGAUUGCCCACCGUGGCCCAGAUGCGUUUCGUAUAGAGAAUGUCAAUCAUUACAACAACUGUUGUUUUGGGUUCCACAGAUUGGCCAUUGUUGAUGACUUGUAUGGAAUGCAGCCAAUGAGGGUCCAUUCCCACCCCCAUAUAUGGUUAUGUUAUAAUGGGGAAAUUUACAACUACAAAAAGGUGCAAAAGGAGUAUGAUUUUGAAUACUUGACAGAGUGCGAUGGGGAAGCUAUCAUUCAUCUAUAUGCCAUGGGUGGCAUAGAAGCCGCAGCGUCCUUGCUGGAUGGUGUCUUUGCAUUCAUUCUCUUAGACACUGCAAAUAGAAAGGUAUUCCUCGGUAGAGAUUUAUUUGGUGUUCGACCAAUGUUCAAGUUGUUGAAAGAUGACGGUUUUCUUGCAGUAUGCUCUGAGGCUAAAGGACUGACUGGUCUUGCGCAUGGUGACAAAGACCAUGACAUCGACUUAAUGCCAUUCCCACCAGGUCACUAUGAAUCUUACGAUCUUCUAAACAAUGGCAAGGUGAAACUUUUAGAAACUGUACGAUACCACUCGAUAGGAGAAACUCCGAAAUGGGCCAAGAUUAGUGGAUGUGCGAAGCCUAGAAGUGAAGAUAUUAAAGAAAACAUUCGUUUGAUGUUGACAGAAGCUGUUAGGAAGCGACUGAUGGCACAUCGUAGAAUCGGAUGUCUGUUAUCAGGUGGUCUGGAUUCCAGUCUGAUUUGUUCAUUACUGAUAAAGACUGCAAAAGAACAAGGAAUCACUUACCCAGUGCAGACAUUUUCAAUUGGUAUGGAAGGAAGUCCUGAUCUUAAAGCAGCAAGGAAGGUGGCAAAUUACCUAGGUACUGAACACCAUGAAGUAGUAUUCACAGCAGAAGAGGGAAUUGAAGUAUUAGAAGAUGUUAUCUAUUCUUUGGAAACCUAUGAUAUUACUACAAUUAGAGCUUCUGUGGGAAUGUAUUUAGUAUCAAAGUACAUCAAUAAAAUGACUGACAGUGUUGUCAUCUUUUCUGGCGAAGGAGCUGACGAAGUAUGUCAGGGUUAUAUCUAUUUUCAUAAAGCACCAUCAGCUGAGGAAGCUUCUGUAGAUAGCCAUCGACUUCUGAAAGAUCUCUACAUGUUUGAUGUACUACGAGCUGAUAGGACAACUGCAGCGCACGGUCUGGAGUUGCGUGUUCCUUUCCUGGACCACCAUUUCACUUCAUAUUUCCUUUCCCUACCAUCUGAAUUAAAACAACCAACGAAGGGUAUUGAGAAAUAUAUACUGCGAUCAGCUUUUGAUGGCCUUGGUUUGCUUCCAGAUGAUAUUUUAUGGAGACCAAAAGAGGCUUUUAGUGAUGGCGUUUCAUCAGAGAAACGUUCUUGGUUUGAAGUUCUACAAGAUUAUAUUGAAACUCAGGUUAAUGAAGAGGUAUUAGAAGAUGCCGCUAAGAAAUACCCAUUCAAUCCACCCAAGACGAAAGAAGGAUAUUUUUAUAGAUCCGUGUAUGAAAAACAUUUUCACGGCCAGGCUGAAAAUCAUAUCAAAUAUAUCUGGAUGCCAAGUUGGAGUGAAACCAGUGACCCCUCGGCAAGGACACUCAAACAUUAUAAGAGCUCUUAAGAUUAGGAAAUAGAGGUUGGAAUCUUGUGGUGUGGCUGUUAAUAUUUUAAUCAGUGAAGAUGCCAUUCUGUCUUCCAUGUUCUCCCCAGCUGUAUAACCAUCAAAUGAUACAUUAAAUUUCUAUCAAACUUAUACCGCAGCUGUCAUGAAUUGGAAAUUGUUUUUUGACCAAUGUUGGUGUGUAAGACGUUUCGAAUAAAGUAGUGAAUUUAUGUCAUUUCUGAGUUGUUGGUUCUUUGAUCUCAUGUAUUAUGCCAUAACCAUUUUAUAUGACCACGACAAUUCUAGAAUGCCUAUUGGUCAAUUCACGACAGCUGUGGUGUAAAGAUCUUCACUACUAUGAAAACACUAACAAUGGUGAUUUUUUUUUAAAUGUAUUUUAAUUUAAUUGAUCUAUAUUUUUAGUUCUAGAUCUUCUUAAACUGUGCCUUUGUGUUUAUGUCUUCCAAAUUAUUACUUGCAAAUAUUAUCUCAUAUUUUUGUCCAACUUUUGAAUUGAUUUCUUGAUGUGAUGAUGGUGUUUAGUAACAAACUUCGAUGAUAUUUAGUAGUGAAUAAAGGAUGAAUACUCUGA